AAAGAGGAAGAGGAAAUGGCGUACGCACUUGCUCCUGUGAGAUGGAGUUUCGGAUUUGUAACUACAGCUUCAAGUACUCGUUACCUAUCCGGAUCACUAAACUUGACCACAUUUCGGAGAGAUGUAUCAUAUUCCUCCGUUGGAAAAUUGACGAGGGCCACUGGUGAGGCCAGCUUCCGGAGGGUUGAGAACGAAGAUAAAGAGGAAGAGGAGGGAGACGUAUUUCAAGUCUUGACCGCAGUAACAAGCGACUACAAUGACAUUAUAAUUGUAGACACUCCCAAAUCCAGAAUGUUGCUUCUCGAUUCUUCUCAUAAUGUCCACAGCAUUCUUUAUAAGGAGCAGAUGUGGACAGGUUCUUAUUGGGAUGAGUUUGCUAGCCUGCCAGCUAUAAUUCCGGAAGGGCCAAUUGCUAUACUUGGCUUGGGAGGGGGAACUACUGCCCAUUUGAUGCUUGCUUCAUGGCCCUCUUUGCAGCUUGAAGGUUGGGAGAUUGAUGGAAUCCUAAUUGACAAAGCAAGAAAUUUUCUCGGGCUAUCUGAUCUUGAGAAGCGUUCUGAGGAUGGCGGGAUACUUAACAUUCACAUCGGAGAUGCCCUUGAUCCAUCAGUCCGAAUCUCUGGGGGUUAUGCUGGAAUUGUUAUUGACUUGUUUUCUAAUGGAAAGGUUUUGCCUCAGUUGCAACAGGUUGGAAUGUGGUUGGAUCUGAAAGAUAGAUUGAUGGUUGGUGGUCGGAUCAUGAUUAACUGCGGAGGGAAUGAAGUAGUCCAUGUUACUGAAAAUGGUAUGCGCAGUGAAGUAUCCUCGACCGAUUGCUUCUUGCCACAUAUUUCUGUGAUUGAGGCUCUUUCCGAAGUAUUUCCUAAACAGUUGUGUUGGAAAAAAUUGCCUAAAGAGAAGGGUGAGAAUUAUCUUGCUCUGACUGGACCAUUUCCUGAAUUGCACUCCUGGUCUGCUGUUGUUCCAGAGCCAUUAAGAGAGAGUGUGAAGGAGUGGAGGCCGUAUGAGCGUCUUUCAUGAUCUACAACAUGCUCUUUGAGAUUUGAUGGUUGAAGGUGAUUUCAGAAGAACACUAACCAUGUUCUUAAAUAUCCUUGUGAGCUUUUGAGUUGUUUCGUAUAAUAUGUUCGCUGCUCCCAAUUUCAUUUUCAUUUGUCGUUCACGUAGUUUUGGUCAUAUCUAUAAGCUAUUAUUGUGUAUGUAUGGGGUAUGAGUAGCAUUGAAAAAGUUGGAUUUGAUCUUUUGAUUCUGAUAGCUAUUGUUAAUCUCCUUCAUAACCUCAUUAUAUCCAUUCGAAGAAAUUUGAACUA